GGGAGAAGAUGCCCGGGGCUCCAGGGCUCCUCCAAGCUCUGCCUGCGACAGUCUUCCUCCUCUUCUUGCUCUCUGCCGCUGGCCUGGGGAAGUGGUCGGCGCUCACCCCCCAGGUGACUAAACGAUGGCAGAAUGAAAAGUUCAGGAUGGUCACCCAUGAUGACUAUGAGGAUGAAAAUCUGUAUGAGGGCCUGAACAUCGAGGAUUGCUCCAUGUAUGAGGACAUCUCCCGGGGCCUCCAGGGUACCUACCAAGAUGUGGGCAGCCUCCAGGUCGGAGACGUCCAGCUGGAGAAGCCGUGACCCUGGCAGGCUGCCCUGCCUGCUGUGCUCCCAACUCUAGUGUCUUUUCUCACCCACCCCCCAACCCCGGACAUUCUUCUCUCCCUUUCACCAUUUUCCCUGAAAGUCAUCUUCCCCCAUGAUAGUCCCCUGGAGGAAUCUUCUCCCUCCAAUGCCUCCUGGAAGUCAACACUUAGACCCUGCCCAGGAUGGCUGCUCUUCCCUCUUCCCUCUAAGCUGUCUUCACUGCCUCUACACACCCUGACUUCAUCCUCCCCCUGCUUCCUUUCCCAGGCUCCUCGCUGCUCCCUGCCUGGUGGGUAAUGAGCCCUUAAUUGCUGCCUCGAGGGGAACUGAUUGUAGCAGCCUUGUUAGUGCCCCCCUCCUCUGUCAUGGCCACUUAGUGAUAAUAAAUCCUUCCCA